GAGACAAUCGGUUGCUUGGCAAUGGCAACAUCGCUUUCUUCGUGAAAGAUUUUUCCACUCGUAGUAGCCGCCAAGUUUGCUCUUCGCUCUGAGGUUUAUAAAAGUUGUUUUUAAUGUAAAGUAGUGUAAUUAAAAUAUAAGAAAUAUCAGGAAGCCUGUCAUGUGCUGAAGACGGACAUACUGCUGCGUGAGCUGCUCUGUUAGAGCUACGGUUAUGGUAUAAUGCGUGGCUAAAGGAAGAUUUUCUCUGGCAUUUUCCCUUUAGCAGAAAGGCAGCCGAAGAUGCCUGUGAGAGAUUCCACCCUCAGCACCUUACAUGCAGAGAAAACAUCAACCGUGGCUGUCUCUGCCAUCAGGAAUUGGUGGAAUACCUGCCAGGUGGACAAAUCGGACACCAAUGACUCCAACACAGAGGAAGACGAGGAGGAAUUAGCAGGGAGGACGCAAUUAUCUAUAAACCUAAAUCAGACUCUGCGGACCAGGCAGCUGCUCAUAGACUUUGAUGGUGGCCGACCUGUUUUGAGUCUCAGAGCACCGCUGGACCUUGUUAACUUCCCAUCUAUCUCCUGCCCCCGUUGGCCCAUAGAGUGUGAAGUCAUCAGUGACAUUAUCCAUCACAUAGAGUGGGACCCCCCAGAGCCAGAGCCUUUCUAUCAGCCCACAGGACAUGAGAGGACACCCAUGCCAGCCGGAGAGGAAAGAGGGAAAGUGGUAUACUGCAUUGACCAUGCUAGUAAGCGUCCCUAUUUCACCUGCUCUCGUGUUGGAGGAAGCAGGGGGCCCAUUAAGAGUGCCAGUUCUUAUGAUGUCAAUCAGACAGACUUCAUCCUUGAGUUUGAGUCACGCUUUGAGAGUGGGAACCUUCAGAAGGCUGUGCAAGUGGGUGUCUAUGAUUAUGAGCUCACCCUGCGCACAGACAUGUACACCAGAAAACACACGCAGUGGUUUUACUUCAGGGUCAGGAACAUGAAGGCUGGAGUGACCUACCGCUUCACUAUCAUCAACUUGAUGAAGAACAGCAGCCUGUAUUCUCAGGGUAUGAGACCACUCCUCUACUCUGAGAGGGCUGCCGAGGAGAAAGGUGUUGGAUGGCAACGCACCGGCUCCAAUAUCAGAUACUACCGUAACUGCAAUCAAAAUACAAAGGACAACAACAGCGACACAAUCACCCUGUACUCACUCACCUGGACUCUCCAGUUCCCUUGUGACUCAGACACCUGCUACCUGGCCCACUGCUACCCCUACACCUAUUCAAACCUGCAGCGCUACCUCAGGCGCAUUUCUUCCAACCCAGUAGUUGCGUCAUACUGUACACUGCGGGUCCUGUGCCACAGCCUGGCUGGGAAUGCCGUGUAUGUGGUGACAAUAACGUCCCGGGGGGUCAGCAGGGUGGAGGGCAGGACCAAGAAGGCUGUGGUGGUGAUGGCCCGAGUGCACCCUGGAGAAACCAACGCCUCCUGGAUGAUGGAGGGGUUCCUAGACUUCCUGCUCGGGGACUCAGAGGAUGCUCAGCUACUCAGGGACACUUUUGUUUUUAAGGUGGUGCCGAUGCUGAACCCAGAUGGUGUGGUAGUGGGCAAUUACCGCUGCUCUCUGGCAGGCAGGGACCUCAACAGAAAUUACAAGACAUUGCUCAGGGAUUCCUUUCCCUGUGUGUGGCACACCCGAAACAUGGUGGAAAGGCUGAUGGCUGAGAUGGAUGUAGUUCUUUACUGUGACUUUCAUGGCCACAACCGUAAAAACAAUGUCUUCAUGUACGGUUGUAACAACCGAGGUGAUGCUUCGCUGAAGCUUCACGAGAGAGUCUUUCCACUAAUGAUGAGCAAGAAUGCCAGUAAUAAGUUCUCCUUUAAGAGUUGUAAGUUCCGGGUGCAGAAGAGCAAAGAGGGAACAGGACGAAUCACCAUGUGGAGACUUGGCAUCAAAAACAGCUACACUAUGGAGGCCACCUUUGGAGGCUCCUCUCUGGGCGACAGGAGAGGAACACAUUUUACUACUGGAGACUUGAAGUCCCUUGGCUUUUACUUUUGUGACACCCUGCUGGACUACUGUGACCCUGAUCCAACGAAGACCACUUAUUGUCUGACAGAGCUGGCAGCGUUGUUGAGAAAAGAGGUCAGAGACAGGAUUGGCAAAGAUGUGGGAACCGACUGUAAUAUCUCUGUGUCUGAUCUGGAAACCAGCACCAGUGGUUCAAAUAGUUCCGAUUCUGACGGACUCCCAGUUCAUUUACUGAACCAGACUGCCCAACCAGAGCAAACUCCAGUGAAGAAGAAAAAGAAACGCUUGAGGAGUCAUAAAGAGAGGAACAGGCUGCGACCAGAGGGAGUGAAGAAUAACACACAGCCAAAGGUCCUGCAAAGCAGCAUCAAAAAUAUUGAGUCCAACCUUCUCCAUGAGAACACAGUUAAAGAGAGCAUCCAAGAGAGGCCUGUUGGAAGACACAGGAAAGAAUGGCAGGUUAAUGGCCUGAUAAGAAAAGCUGUGAUCCCUCCUCCCACCACUCAACCUGGGGAGGUCAGUCAGGUGACUCUGUGGCAGGGCUGCGAGCUUGUCAAGGAUGAAAACAAUUGCAGGACAAAAGCAUGUCCACAUCUCAGCACAUACACAGCUGUGUCACCUCACACAGGACAGUGGAGAUGCUCCUCUCAGUUGCUGCACCUGAGUGCUAUCCUUCCAUCUUCACCAAAUUUCAUUCAUUCCAACCAGCAACAGCAUAACUGCCCCCGACAAUCCUUUGUCUCCUAUAAUGUCUACAGAGGGCUGCGACCUUCCCUUACAGCGCCCCACAAGUCUCCCUCAUCCAUGUGUGUCAAGAUGGUUCCAGACAUUGUUCCAACAAAGCGCUUGCUGUCAAGUUUUACCACUGACAAGUUCAACGGCCGGCAUAUUUUUAGAGACAGAAACUCUUUACGGGUCUCAGAACGUUAUUUUUUGCCUGAGAAUUCCUCCACCUCGCACGCAGACACAACCAAGACCAAACAGCAAAAUAUGGAACAGGAAGAAGAUUCCUCAGUGUGUUUGUCACUGUUGAGAUGUGCAACACUUGGAGAGCAGAACCAGAGCGAUCUCACACCUGACAUCCCCCUGAGAGAAACUGAAUCAUGCAGCAAUUUAUUUGUGCCUGUGCUGAGAGGCACAGACCUAAGAGGAAAACGACUAUGCAAAGAGACUUUGGGAGACAAAAGGCACCUGGGUAUUUUAUCUCCUGUGUCAAAGCCUUCAGGUCUAAUGAAGAUGGAACUUCCACGUCCACAGAGAGACACCCUCGCUAGACUUCAGGCGAAGGACAUCAGGCACUAUCACUCUAGAAGAGAAAGUCAAAUAAUGAUGUGAACCUCCUCUGAUGGAUGAAGAGGAAUAUGAUUUUUGCUAGAACUUCAACAGGUUCCCAGCAUAACCGAGAAAGAGUCUAAUGGCCUCGAUCAAAGUCAUCAGGAUGAGAACAGUGACAAGAAUGAACUUGUAGUAGUCUGGCAAGGCAGGAUACUGGUAGAAAUGACAAUUACAACAAUGCAGUUAAAUGAUUAAUUAAAAUGGGCUUUUAUGGCAUGGAAUACUUUCACUUGUUUCCAGGUCUAAUCCUGACAAUUAAAAUGAAUGCCAGUAAAAAAUAAAUACCUAACCAAAUGA